AUGAUGGAGUACAUUGGAGCCACGGGCGCACCUGUGAAACUCGACGCGGUUCCGAUCGAAGAUGGGAUCGAUUUCCGCUUCCUACUUAGUUUCGCCAUCGACUCCGAUCCCUCAGGCAAUGCGCAGGACGGGAAAUUCUCACCAUAUUGGGCGAACACAUUGACUCCGGAAUCCAUUGCAGCCAUCAAGCAAAGUCACCCCAAUGUGAAAGCCUUAGCCAGCAUUUCAGGGUGCAGCUGGGGCAACAAAGUCCUCCGUUGGUACAACCCGGUCGACGUCCAACGAUGGAUAUCCAAUGCCGUUACGUCGUUGUCGUCAAUUGCUCGACAAUAUCAUCUCAACAGCAUCGACUUCGACUACGAGAACUUCCCGAGACGUGACUCGACGUUCACUUAUUGCAUAGGUGAACUCAUCACCCUGUUGAAGAACCAAAGUGUCAUAUCCUUAGCCACCAUUGCUCCGUACCAUAAAACAACCGCACCUUACAUCGAAUUGUUCGAGAAAUACGGAGAUGUGAUCGAUUUCGUUAACUACCAGUUCUACACAGAUAAGGUUCGAAAACCCAGAUCUUAUGUCGAAGCUUUCGAGCUCAUGAAGGUUGUUGGUUUGAAUCCCAUGGAAAACAAUUUUUCAUCAAAAGACUAA